CCGCGCCGGCAUGGACGGAGCCGGGCUGGGCGUCACCGCCUGCGCCGCGGCCGCGGGGCUGCUGCUCUACCGCAUCGCGCGGAGGAAGAAGCCCACGCACGUGACGGUGAACUGCUGGUUCUGCAACCAGGACACGGUGGUGCCCUACGGGAACCGCAACUGCUGGGACUGCCCCAACUGCGAGCAGUACAACGGCUUCCAGGAGAAUGGAGACUACAACAAGCCCAUCCCUGCCCAGUACAUGGAACACCUUAACCACGUUGUGUCAGGCAGUCCGACUUUCUGUGACCCUACCAAACCACAGCAAUGGGUGAGCAGCCAGAUUCUGCUCUGCAAGAAAUGCAACAACCAUCAAACCAUGAAAAUCAAACAGCUGGCUUCAUUCUCACCAAGGGAGGAGGGCAAGUACGAUGAGGAGAUUGAGGUGUACAAGCACCACCUGGAGCAGACCUACAAGCUGUGCCGCCCGUGCCAGGCUGCAGUGGAGUAUUACAUCAAGCACCAGAACCGGCAGCUGCGGGCGCUGCUGCUCAGCCACCACUUCAGGCGCCGGGAGAGCGACAAGAGCUACAGCCAGAGCCUGUGUUCAUCCUCAUCCACUUCCAUCCCCACGCCAGCUCAGGUGAUCCUCCUGCGGUUCCUGGCCUUCCUCAGCUGUGCGUUCCUGGUUCUGAUGGCCUUGUACGGGUCAGGGGACCCCUUCUCCCUCAGCACAGCUGUCCCUGCUCCUGGCCCCGCUGGCCCCAUGUGGAACAGGACUGGCGCCAGCCCCCGUGCGGGCGGUGGCAGUGACAGUGACAGUGACACCUGCUGGAGAACCUGAGCGUGGCCUGGGCCUACGGCAAGAAUCACCAGAUGGCAGUGGCUGUGCUGGGGCUCUUCACCUGCCUGCUGGCCAUGUUCCUGGCUGGGCGCAUCAGGCUCCGGCGGAUCGACGCCUUUGCCUCGCUGCUGUGGUUCCUGGUGAUGAGCCUGCACCUGGCCGAGCGCUACCUGAAGGCAGACACGCCCAGCUGGCUGGACACGGCCAAGUUUGGCACCACGUCCCUGUGCUGCCUGGUGGGCUUCACCGCAGCCGUGGCCACGCGGAAGGCGACGGGCCAGCGGAGACCCCGGCCCCGAAGGUACCUCUCUGGGGACUCCAUCACUGUCUUUCCCAGCAGCCCUGGCCCAGCCUUCCCUUCACCUGCCACGUCUCUGUUUGUCCCAACUCCACCCAGCAUCCUGCACCUGACAAACCAGCAGCUCUUCAGGGCCCCGCGCAGAACGGGCUCGUCCUCCCUGCCCGGCCGCCUCAACCGGGCGCUGUCGCUGGGCACCAUCCCCUCGCUGGCACGGGCAGAUUCUGGCUACUUGUUCAGUGGAAGCCGGCCGGCCUCGCAGUCGUCCUACUGCAAGGAGUCCCCUACAUCAGUGGAAGGGGGGAGUAUCUGCAGUGAAAAUUCCAUCAAAAAGGAGGAUCACUCGUCACACUCAUCUACCUGCGUGGUGGACACAACUACCAAAGGGGAGGAUUUGGCAGGCUGGAGAGGUCGCUUUGGGACCUCUGCCCUGCGGGGCCUGCUGGCCGUGAGCCUGACCCUCAAUGCUGUUUUCACAUCAGCCUAUGUGUACAGGAGCCUGCGCUGACUGCUGCCAGCCCUCCCUGUCCCUCUGGUUCCACCUGGUCCUGAGGAGAUGAGAGCAGCCCAGCCACGGCUUCAUGGCCAAGGCCAUGCCACCGGUGCAUGCUGCUCAUCGAAAAACUGCUGUACACUCAGCUGGCAUGAAAAGGAGCCUGGGCAGCUGCUGCCACCCCUUCCAGGCAGAACAUAUCCCAGGAGCGUCCCUGGACGUGGCAGGCAGCAUUCCCAGCUCCAGCUCAAAGCAGGAGGCCACUCCAAUGGCCCACACACUUCCUUUCAAGAGAACUGACCUGAGACACAAGCCUGACAAUGUGUGAGCUGCGUUUUUAGGAACCUGCCCCAGCUCUUCUUUCUGACAUAUUGACCUCGUGCUGAUGGUGCUGGUAAAAUGGGGAGAAUUAGAGCAAAUGAGCUGAAGAAGAGGGAUGGCUUAGUAGCUGGUGCUGGGCUUUGGCUACUGCAGCAGCAUCCCCAGGCUCUGCUCAGUGGUUCCUCUUCUCUCUUCUCUCUGGCAUUCUCCUCUAAAUUGUCAGUGAACUUUCUUUAGUUGCCUUAAGCUUGCCUAAGCACAUGGGUGACCUUGGCUGCUCUGUCAUGUUCUUGCAUUUUAGAUGUCCUUGUGCUUCCAGCUGGACCUGGCCCUGAGGUUUCACCAGUUCCUUGUGGCCAUGCUGGCCCUCAGCCCUGUGUGUGCCUGUGGCUGCAGGGCUGCACAGCCCCAGCAGGCAUCACCUGUGUUACUCUCAAGUGGCAAAAAGAAAGGAUCCCGGUGUGAUUUGCACCACAAAGGGCUUCAGCUCUCAGCUCUGCUGGAGCUUUCACUGGAGCAGUGAGAGGCAGAGCCUGUUCUUGCUGUAAAUCGCACAAAUCUGCUCUGUUAGGGGUAGGUGAGGAGCUGUCUGAUUGUAUACAUCCAUCCAGAGACCUGACACCUCACUCUGAUGAUGGGUUUUGCUAAGUCACUGUUUAAGAUAUUUCUUACUUAGUAAAAUGCCCAGGUGCUCUCAGUGAGAAAUGCCAAACCUGCUUCUGGACAAUUCAGCCUUCUGGAGAGAUUCUUCUUUUCUAGCCCAAGGAAAGUAGUAGAUUUUCAAAAGCAGUUUGUAAUUUGGGUAUUUCUGCUUUUGGGUAAGCCUUCAGCAUUGUUUAGAAUUCAGGGGCCAUUUAGAAUAUUGUGCUGAACACUCAGAAUCAUUUAGUGCAUCUUAGGGAAUAAAAAGAAAUUCUGAUCUUGCUGUUUUGGUUCCCAAAAACCAAGUGCAGAGAGAUUUACCAGUGUAUGAAAAACACCUGGUGAGAAGAGAGUUGUCUGGCAUUAGCUGUGUAUUUCCUGAAGCAGGACUCAGAUCUAGAAGAGUUUUUCUGUUGUCUCUUCCUUUGGGCUCCUUUACCUCAAAUUUCCCUGCCCCACCCCACAUCCCUGUGUUUGCACCCUCAGUUGGUGAAUUCUGUGUCUUUGCCUCCCUUCCAGUUCGCUGCUGUUCCUCUCUUGUGUUCCUGCAUGUGCACAGAGCAAGGUGUAUCUGCUGCUGACCAUUCUCUGCUCUGAACCUGAGCCCCACCUGGCAGUGAUGAUCACCCUUCCUUUCACUCUGCUUUUUAUUUUGCUGCAUGUUUUAGUUGAGUUCCUCCCCAGCCUCACUUGGUAGCCCAUGGGAGCCCCAGCCAGACUGAUCAGCGUGCAUGUGACAGCAUAAACGGGGCUUGGCUGCUGCUGAUUCAAGCACUGAAAAACUGAGUGUCUCUGUGAUUUCCAAGUCUCCCUGCACGGUCUGAGCUGCCCACUUCCAGCUGCUGCUCCUGCCCUCCCUGUGGGUCAGCCUGGUCCCUGCUGUGCCUGCAGGGGAGGCCAGGCCUGCACACUCAUGCUGAUCCGAGGGCUGAGGGAGGAUCCUGCAUCUCCCUCUGCUCCUCAGAGAGCUGUGCAGCCCUGCACAGCCAGCACCUCCCGACACAGCCCAGAGCCAGGAGAGCCUGCAGCACAAAGCUGUGUUGAAUGGAUGAUGACUUCUGUUGUAAUUCUUGCAUGAAUUGUUCCUUGUAGCCAAACCGGACCCAUAACCUUGUUGUAAAGAGAUUUUUGUCCCUUUUAUAGACUUUGCACGCUCACCCGAGCAUGUGUACAGGCAGGAUGAUGACAGAGCUGCUGCCAAGCUCCUCUCUCAGCCUCUGCUCUCUGGGUUUCCUGAUGUUCUGGUGCAGUGUGUGAUCCUUGUCCUACACACAGAGACAAGCUGCCAGAAGAUGCCGUGGCUGUGCUUGUCCUUACCACCCAGCAAAGUGCACUGUGACUUUGUGUAUGCAAACCUCCCCUUCCACCUCCCAGCCUGCGCUCAGUUUCACCACCACGCUGGACCAGACUGCAAUACCAACCUUCUCCUCCUCCUCCUCCUCACAGCCCAGGAGCUGCAGCAUCUCCACAGCCCUAUUCUUCCCAUCUGCAUUGGGAGCAGGAGCACCCAGGCUGUCCCUGCCCCUCUGAGCUGCUCACUCACACUGCUCGGGGAGGGGGCUCGGUGACCUUGUCCACAGCAAUAGAGAGACUUUGGGGUUCAUUACUGCAGAGGGAAGUUUUUCAUUCUGGUGCUAGAACUCUCUCCCGUGGUGCUCUCACGGUUUUGUGAAGCCUUUGCUUGAGGAACACACGAGAGUGUGAGUGUGAGUGGUGUGAGUGUGUGUGUGUGUGUGUGUGUGUGUGUGUGCCUGCAGAUGCACAAAAACGUUUGCAAGGUUUCUUCAUUUCAGAAGAUCUGAGCCCAUGUUUGUUUUUAUAUUGUUGGCCUUAAUCUAGCUCGUAGAUACUGUGUCUAUCUUGCUGCUCUUUUCUGUACAAAGCUGGUUUGGAGGAAGCAGAAGUUUAUCUGGUCCCCUGUAAAAAUAUCUGUGACUGAUGAUGUUGAUCUUCAUACAGUGUUGUUCAGGGGGGAGAUUUUAUUUUUCUAAUACUUUUCCUACUGUAAAAACUGUUGGAGUGUAUGGAGUGGGAAAGAUCUUUACAAAAUGGCCUGAUAAAGAUCUGAACGUGGCUUAAUAAUACCAACAAUUAAUGAUUAAGUAUAAAUGAUAUUUAUUUACAGACCUUUUCCAUUUCCUACUUUCCAUUGAAAAUGUCCAGGUACUUCUUCUUUGACUAUGGGCUUGUUAGGCAUGUUCGGAGACCUUGCAGAUACUUUAGAUGAUUUUGCUGUUCUGAAUUAGAAGGAAUUUGUAUUUUGGAGUCUGGUUCCAGUUCCGCAGUCUGGGGAGUUUGGCAGAUGUGAAAUUUUAUGCACAUAUCUAUUUGAUGGGAUAGAGGGAGUGGGUAGAACAAGUUGCUGGUUUCUGAAGUUUAUCAUACCUUUUAACAUAAAAUCUUAGACAUUAAAUUGGUCACUGGGGGGGGGGGGAACCUCAUUGCUGGCAUAUGUAGGCCAGACUCACUGAAUUUUAGGCUAUUUGUUCAAGCAACAGAUGAGGCCUGUGAAUGUUUGAUUCCUACUCCCUGUUCCUGGGUGCUGGGAACAUCUGCAGAUCCCUGCUGAACUGCCUGGGUCCUUGUGACAGGGCAGUGGACUCAAGGGCUUCUGUUGCCUGUGGAUGCUGCUAUAUUUUUCUUCCAAGCACCAUUCCUGGAAAUAACAAUGGUCUUAACCUCUCUCACAGACAUUUGUUAAAAGGCUAGAAUGGGCCAAUUUGGCCCAUACUUUUUUUUUUUUUUUUAAGAUAUAUGUUGCAUCCAGAAAUUAUCAUCACUGUGUUCUGGGGUGGGAGUAAGGUACAGAGUAUUUUUGGAUUGAAUGGAUGUCUAGAGAGGGUGAGUAGGACAAUUUCAAGUCCUAAACCUUAUUUCCUGUGAAAGAAAGACUGUAUGUUAUAUGUGUGUGUUCUUUGGGGAGCUCUGUCACUGUACAGUUUAGUCAAACAUGCUCCAAGGAAGGAGAAGCCGUUCCUCGGAGGUUUUUAGUUCAUGCUUUGUGUUUAAAGAGGAAUAUUUUUCUUUAAAAAAUAAAACCGGAUAAGUUUUCACCUUA